UACUAUUUCCAAUUUGACUGACUAUCUUAAAUUCUGUCUUGAUAUAUGCUGUCCAAAACAGAUAAUUUUCAAAAGAAUGGAUCGUUUUUCUUCCCCUCAUCUCAAAAAACUUCGUAGAGAAAAAGAGAAGCUGUACAAGACAAAGAAUAAAUCUGGUCUUAAGAAGAUAAACACCCAAAUUAAAUCUGAAAUCAAGAGACUAAACAACAUUUAUAAUCAAACAAUACUAUCUUGUAAAACCUCAGAAAACAUAUGGAAGCUUUUUAGAGAAAUUACUGGUUGUGGUAAGCAUAAUAAUUUUGCCUCUUCUAUUGAUGUAAAUACUCUCAAUAGAUCUUUCAUCCGCCCUCCAAAUGUCCCUUCUGCCUUCAAUUUAACUAAUAACACAGCCAGUGACUUUCAUAGUUUCAAUACUUCUGAUGUUCUUAAAUGUUUGAAAUCUCUUAAACCUUCCCAGAGUCUAGGCCCUGAUGGUAUACCUGCCAUUGUUUUAAAGAAAUGUGCUGAUAUUUUAAGUAAACCACUUACAAGCAUUUUCAAUACUUCUUUUUCCAAUUAUGUUGUACCUUCUCUGUGGAAAGAUAUUAAAAUCAUCCCUGUAUCCGAGUUUGGUUCUGGAGAUAGUGUUAAGUUUAGACCAAUUGCCAUUACCUCUCCUUUUUUGAAACUGAUGGAGAAAUUACUGUUACAAAAACUCAUUCCCUCCCUAAGCUUCUCAAACGAUCCAAAGCAGUUUGCUUACAAACAGGGUAGAAGUACUUUGGAUGCUGCUGCUGUGUUUCAUCACAACAUUGUAUCCUCCUUAGACAAAGGGGCCAAGUAUGUCCGUUGUACUUUCCUUGAUUACACAUCUGCUUUUGACUCUGUACCUAGAGGCCUGUUGUUAAACAAGCUUAGCCUUACACAAACUGAGUCCUGGGCUAUCAACUGGCUGCACUCUUACUUCUCCAAUAGGAUGCAGUACACGGUAUAUAAUGGUGUAGCUUCCUCUCCUUUGCUUACUGAAGCUGGAGUUCCUCAGGGUGCUGUUCUCUCGCCAUUUCUCUUUUCCUUCUUCCUACAUGACUUACCUCUCUCAGACGAAAUCAACUUCGUCAAAUAUGCAGAUGACCUGACUGUUUCGCUUCCCGUUAAGUCUCAGUCAGACUGCUUCAAAUUAAAUAGCUUCCUGUCGGACAUCAGUCAGUGGUCUAAACUAAAUGGCCUCAUGCUGAAUCCCUCAAAAUGCCAGACUGUCGACUUCUCCUUUAGGCAGAUACGAGAUCUACAAACACUAGUAAGCACUCAUGAUGCCUGUAGAAUUGAGGGGGCUAUAAUUGAAACCUUACUUGGUCAUCUCAUAUCCAAAUGAUUUCCAAGAAAGUGUUUCGUCUAGUCUACUACAUUAAGAAACUCAGACUAACUGGAAUCCCUCAAACUCUGCUUUCACAAUUUGUCAACUCUCGUAUCCUACCUAUUCUACUUUACUGUUCCCCGUUAGUCUUUCCUGGGUUACUGAAAAAGGACUAUACCAUCCUGAGAAGGAUGUUGAAGGUAGUUAGUAGGACUAGCGGUGUAAAACUCAGUCAGCUCGUCACAACAUUAGUGGAUAAGCAUGCGAGAAAUGGUCUAAAACCAUACUCUCUGACCCCCAACACACCUUCUAUUCCCAACUCUCUCCUUGCAUCUCAUCAGGUAGAACCAGAAAUCAGUACAAAAUAAUAUGUGCUCGUACAACCAAGUAUAGGAACUCAACGAUACCAUAUUUGGCCAGCCCGUGUUCUAAGUGACAGAGACAAUGUUAAGCGUGAAACCUAUGACUUGCUUUGUUGUUAAUAACAUAAUUUUGGCCCUUGUUAUUUCCCCUUAUACUCUCUUAUUUGUACUCUAUAGUGAACAACCUUCUUAAACAUACUUAGCUGCUUAAAAUUAAUUAUCGUUGGCUUACUUUUUUUGUACUUUACUCUAUUCCUUCUUUUGUAUAUCUACUGGGUCC